CGACGCGCUCGGGCUCGAUUGGCAGGCCUCCCACGGCGUGGUAACGGUCGCAGAGGCGGGGUGGGAGGCCGCUGAGCCGGCGGGGCUGGGCCCGCUGCUGGAGGGAGGCGGCGGCGGCGGCUGAGUAAGAUGAAGAUCCAGUUUCAGAUAUGAGAGUCACUGAGUGAUCAUUUCAUUGAGAUCAACUUGAAUGACCAGGUGAAAAGUACAAGAGGAAUGUGCCAUGACUGAGGCAACUCACAAUUUUUUAUUGCCAACCUCUACUUCCUUUGACUCUACAAAGAAAAUUGUAUCUACAGCAGCCCCUAAAGCCCAGGAGUCCAGCAAAUCAUCAAACAGACUCAUGACUGAAAAACAGCUGGAAGAAGCAGAAUGGGAAAGCAUAAACGUGCUGUUGCUGAUGCAUGGCUUAAAACCUUUAUCUCUAGUCAAAAGAACAGAUAUGAAAGAUCUCAUCAUUUUUGACAAACAAUCAUCACAAAGGAUGAGGGAGAAUUUAAAAACUUUGAUGGAAGAAACAUCACGUCAACAGAACAUGAUCCGGGAGCUCAUAGAAACUAAUAAGCAGCUUAAAAAUGAACUUCAGCUACAACGAUGCCGAGCAGCAGAUCAGGAGCAACGAGCUAAUGACUUGGAACAAAUUAUGGAGAGUGUGAAAUCCAAAAUUGGUGAAAUGGAGGAUGAAUCCCUAAAUAGGGUUUGCCAGCAACAGAAUAAAAUAAAAGAACUUCAAAAGGAGCAUAAAGCUUUACAGGCAAAAUGUGAGCAUUAUGAGAAAAAACAAAUGGAGCAACAAGAGACUAUUGCUUCUUUGCAGAAGGAUAUCCAUAGAUUAACAAAGGAGGAUGAAGAGCGCAUCAUCACUCGAAACAGAGUGUUCUCCUACCUCUGCAAGAGAGUUCCUCAUACCAUCUUGGAUAGACAGUUGCUUUGCCUAAUUGAUUACUAUGAAUCUAAAAUUAGAAAAUUUCAUAAACAAAGGCAAUAUAGAGAAGAUGAAAGUCAGUCAGAAGAAGACUACAGAAGUCUGAGUGCUUCACCCACUUAUAAAGGCCUUCUAAUGUCAUUACAGAAUCAACUCAAGGACUCGAAAUCUAAGAUAGAUGCACUUUUAAGUGAAAAGGUGAAUCUCCAAAAAGAUUUGGAAACCAGGCCCACACAGCAUGAAUUAAGACUUUAUAAACAACAGGUGAAGAAGCUGGAGAAAGCCCUUAAGAAAAGCAUCAAAUUACAGGAUCUUAUCAGUCAAAAAAAGGCUGAGGACAAAGAGGGAAAAGAUGAGCCCAGCAAAGAUAACCAGCAGCAGACCCUAAUUGACCAGACAUACUUUCAGGUAUUAAGGAGCAUCAAUUCAAUUAUUCACAAUCCAAGAGCUCCAGUAAUAAUUUAUAAACAGAGCAAAGGAGGAGCCCAACAUUUUAAUAGAGAUCUUGUUCAAGAUUGUGGAUUUGAGCAUCUUGUUCCUGUAAUAGAAAUGUGGGCAGAUCAACUGGCUUCCUUAAAGGAUUUGUAUAAGUCCUUGAAAAUACUAUCUGCAGAACUGGUGCCUUGGCAUAAUUUAAAGAAGCAGGAUGAAAAUGAAGGUGUCAAAGUUGAAGAUCUGUUGUUUAUAGUAGAUACCAUGUUAGAAGAAGUGGAAAAUAAGGAAAAGGACAGCAAUAUGCCAGACUUUCAAAUUUUGCGAGCUAUUGUUUCUCACUUCCAAAAAUUAUUUGAUGUGCCUUCUUUAACUGGAGUCUAUCCCCGAAUGAAUGAAGUUUAUACUAGGCUUGGAGAAGUGAACAAUGCUGUGAGAAACCUCCAGGAACUCUUAGAACUAGAUAGUUCAUCCUCAUUGUGUGUGCUGGUGAGCACAGUUGGAAAAUUGUGUAGGCUGGUUAAUGAAGAUGUGAAUGAACAGGUUAUGCAGGUAUUGGGACCUGAAGACCUCCAAAGCAUUAUCAACAAACUGGAAGAACAUGAGGAAUUUUUCCCAGCAUUUCAGGCAUUUACUAAUGAUCUACUUGAAAUCUUAGAAAUUGAUGACUUGGAUGCCAUUGUACCUGCAGUAAGGAAAUUAAAAAUACUUUCACACUGAAAACAAAUCAUUUUUACUGUGUAAAUUGCAUUCUUAACAUUCUAAAUAUUUUGUAGGAUUGAUCUUACUCUGAGACAAGGGUUAUAAAAUGUAUAUACUCUCAGAAUUCACCCCCUUCUUUCUGUUGAGUCGU